UUCUUACAACUGUGUCUUCAUUCCUGGGCCUGAAAUCAAAUACAUCAAUCAGCUUGGAAGCAUUCAACUCAUUGAAGCUCUGACUUGACUGGAGGUCUUAUCACUUACAAUCCCCAACAUUCGAACUCUUUUCACGCAAUCGCAACAUCGAACGAACUCUAAUUCAACUUUACGACCCCUGCCAAGAACCAAACUCAAUUCCCCUGGCAACCCAGUUCUGCCAAGCCAUGUCAACUUCAACAUCAGCCACGAGUGGCCAGCAGACGCCGAAAGGACCUCCUUAUGCACCAGUUACAGCUCUUCUGGGCUUGACGCCGACCGUGAAAGUCGACGUGCCAAUCUGCGCCGUCUUGAUCGUUUUCUUCCUCAGCGGAUUCGUCCUCAAUAUCACCAUUUUUCGGCGGAACAAAGCCCGCGGGCACAAGUUCCUGCCUUCGGUACUUCUCGCCGGUUUCUGCAUGGCCCGCAAUAUGGCGCUGGUCCUACGCAUUGUCUGGUCUACCCGCCACGACAAUGCCAGUUUAACAAUCGCCGCCAAUAUCUUCGCGGCCGCCGGUGUCAUUAUCCUCUUCAUCGUCAACCUCAUUUUCGCACAGCGUUUGGUGAGGUCGAUACAUCCCACCUUCGGAUGGAGUCGCAUCCCCUCAAUCGCCUUCAAGGCUCUUUAUGCCUACGUCAUCAUUUGUCUCAUCAUGACCAUUACGAUCACCAUCAUUUCUUUUUACACCCGCAACCCAUCAACCUUGAACACCGCGCGCAUCAUCCAGUUGUUUUCCGGAACAUCUCUUGCUACAUUGGCCUUCUUGCCGAUUCCGAUUGUCAUCGCGACCGUACUCAUCCCCAGCAAAUCCGUUCCAGAGCCCUUUGGCAAGGGUUCGCUCAGGACAAAGAUCAUCCUGGUUCUCUUCACUUCCACCCUGCUAGCGCUGGGUGCCGGCUUCCGCAUCGGCGUGAGCUACACUACGCCCCGGCUUGCGUCGAACCCAGCAUGGUACCACCACAAGGCCUGCUAUUACGUCUUCAACUAUGUCAUUGAGUUGAUCGUGGUCUUUACCUACGCACUCAGCCGUUUCGAUAGGAGGUUCCACAUUCCCAACGGAUCCAGUGCACCGGGUCACUACUCUGCAGGUGUUGUGGACGAGAAGCACUCGAGCAGCACUAGCAAUAUCAAUGACAUGGACGCUGAGCGGUCACCAAGUUACAAGGAAAGCUUUCGAAUGGAGAACAGCUCAUAGAAAUAAGAUAUGACUUAUGAGAGGGAGCAAGGAGUUUGAUAGAUCGUGAUUUAGAAAGUAG